GGAAGGAAGGAGUUAUUUUUCUCUAUAGUACUGGAGAUUUGGAUAAGUGCAAAGAUUUAUAGAAAGUUGCCAUAUAUUUUUAUAAAACCAAACCAAAUAAAGAAAUGGUAUCCGGUGAGAUUUUUGGGCAUUGUUGGAAGCAACCAUUGAUUUCAAAGAGCACUUUUUUCAGAUUCACUUUACAACAAAAUAAGUAAAUAAAUAGUGGAAAAAGGCAGAGUUAGAGGCCCAAAAAUUACCGGUGAAAUUUGGCAGAAGGAAGCCCAACUAUAUGUCCAGUGUCCAGUAGCCCAAAGGUCCAACUGGAAUUUAUUGCAAAAAAGAAAAGAGGCCAGACCAGACUCUCACCCAUUUCAAUCCCAUUGGAAAACCCCUUCUGCCUUCGCACUAGGGUUUAUCAGAACACAACAAGACAAAAGGUGAAAAGCAAACGUAUUAGGAAUCUAAUCCGUUCAGCCAUGGCUACUGCUAUUUGGAGAAACGCAAGUCGUUUUCGAAACUUUCGUCGAUGUCUUUAUACCCACACUCUGAGCCAAUGUAGAUCAUCCUUUCCAGCUUCAUCCCCAAUGACCGACUCUCUUCACCCUCCAUCUCCCCCUUUCUUACGACCGGUUAUUGCUGUUGGAGCUGACUUCAAAUCCUUGGGAAUUUGUGGAAGAUAUUUAUCUAAUUCUACCACUGCUGCUACUGAUAAUCAAGAGAAGGCAUCAUUUUCAUCAUCAAAAGCCAAUUCUGAAGGAACCCAAAACGCUGGAGGGUCACAACAGAACAGUGGUGAUGCAGGCAAACCUGUUCGCGGAGGGCCUGUUUCAUGGUUGAGUUUCCUGUUGCUGCUCGCCACUGGAAUUGGAAUUAUCCUUUACUACGACAAAGUAAAGAAACGGCAUAUUGAAGAAAUAAGUAAUGCUUCAAAGGCUGUAAAAGAGGGGCCUUCUGCUGGAAAAGCAGCCAUUGGGGGCCCAUUUAGUCUUAUAAACCAUGAUGGAAAACGUGUUACUGAGAAGGAUUUUUUGGGGAAAUGGACUUUGGUUUAUUUUGGCUUCACUCACUGCCCAGAUAUCUGCCCAGAUGAGCUACAAAAGCUAGCUGCUGCUAUUGAUAAAAUAAAGGAAAAAGCGGGAAUAGAAAUUGUGCCUGUAUUUAUCUCUGUUGAUCCUGAGAGAGAUACCCCUGAGCAAGUACAUGAAUAUGUGAAAGAGUUUCAUCCAAAAUUAGUAGGGUUAACUGGUAACUCUGAUGAGAUCAAGAAAGUUGCCCGUGCAUAUCGAGUUUAUUAUAUGAAGACAGAAGAGGAAGAUUCAGACUACCUUGUUGAUCAUUCCAUAGUCAUGUAUGUAUUAGCUUCCUUAUGCUUGUUUGCUCUGACCUGCAUCUGUAGUUUGUUCAGCAUGAUGUUCAACGCAAACCGGCAAUUGACAUUUGUAGAGUAUAGAGAUUUUGGAGUGUUGUAGACGGUGAUGAACACAAAUAGUGGACCUCUAAUUAGAAAAGGAUGGAAUUGUUUCGGGCAAGACUUUUUUGACUAGGCAAUAAGAUAAGGUUUUCAAUUUUUCAAGUGAAGACUUAUUGUCAUGGCAAGGGAAGAAUUCUUUGGCUACUAAAGGGAAGGAUGGUAGUAAAUGUGGGCUUUGGGUGGCACUGCUGUAAAGUACUUAAACCUCUCAACAUGCAUCAUUCAAUUUUCUGAUGAAAUUACUAAUUGUUGAACCAUUCACUGCAAUUGGCAUUUCAUGCACCGCAGUAAGAAGCCUAUUAUUUGUGAGCUGGAAUCUUGUUCUCGUAUGCACACUUUGUAAUAAUUUGAUUUUCAUUCUUAAUGCUGAACAUCCUGAACUUCCCUUGUAAAUCACACAGAACACAACUUCUAUUGAUUCUGGUCUUUCUUUCUU